GACGCCGAUGCUUGACUGGGCUGCAGGGGGCAUCCUCAACCGCACGAGGAAAAUCCAGCCAAUGCCCGUCCUCUUCUCACACACGCCAUAGCGUAGAGAAGAGAAAGAGAGUGUGUGUGUGUAGAGAGAGAGAGAGGAGUUCUGGUCUUCCCUGCUUCCACAUCCAUCAAGUCUCAACCACUGGAGUCAGAGGGGAGGAAAUCACAAGAGGCCGUGCGCGCGCGCUGCUGCUACUCCUCCUCGGUCUUCGCGUGGUUUUGCGGGGAUUUGACGCGAUCACGGGCAGACGGAUGUGCCGACAAAAGCGCCUGCCUUAAAGUUGGAUACCGAAAACGAAAGGUUUACUCCUACCUAGUUACCUUAACGAGGAGCGGGGAGACGAGAGCGCGAGCCCCGUGUUUUGCUGCGUUCGGAGCACCAUGAAGCUCCCGUGCUGGAUGGCGCUCGCGCUGCUGCUGCUGGCGCAGACUGCACUGGCAUCCCGACCAAGCGACGAUGAGGGCUCCGGAGAUGAAUUUCCCGACGAUGAGGACUUCUACUCCGGAUCUGGCUCUGGCUUUCCAGAUAUAAACGUUCGUCCGACUGCAGCAGGUGUGGCUGUCACUACGGAGGAGCCCCUCCCACUUUCUACCACACAGGCCACUGGCCCCGCCCCCUCGGCCUCCCCCGCCGCAGAGCCGAGUAGCCCACCUCCACCUGAGGUGGAGCGCGAGAGCGGCUUGGGUCAAGAUGUACUAGACAGAGACAGCAAAGUGGAGACUGAGAUUGAGGAGGAGGAAAUGAGGACGACGAAGGAGCCGGAUAGAGAACGAGAAUCCGAGAUGGUAAUAAGGUUGGAUGCUGACAAAGAGCGGGGACAAGAGACGACGAAAGCUACGGUUGCACCCCGGCUGACUGACGUUCCUGUAGUGUUCAUGGACUCAUCCACCGCUCCGGAUGAGACUACAGUGGAGGACGACGAUCUGUUCAUUACUACGGAAAUGAUGUUUGAGCUGUCCAGCACACCAGAGACGACGACAGAAGAAGACAUCAUCACAACCACCGAGGUUAUUCCCACCACCGUUUCGUCCACCACUGCUAAGCCGCCAAGACCACGUCCUGCCCUGACCACUCCAAGCUCCGCCCCCGUACGACCCCGGCAACCGCAGACCACCCCGAGUAGAGCCGCCCUGCCGGAGAGCAGCACUCGCUCGCUGAUGAGCUCCACAACACAGACACAAACACCAGAUGAAACUGUAAAUAAUGAAGUUGCAGGACCAGGUCCAAGUGGUGAUUUUGAAAUCCACGAGAAUGAAGUUCACCAAGGCAACGAGGUCGGCCGAGGCAGAAAGGCUGGAGAUGCAGAUCUGACUGGAAACACAGUAGAUGCUGCGGGAAGCUCCGCCGCUCAACUUCCACAGAAGAACAUCCUCGAGAGGAAGGAAGUUUUGAUAGCGGUGAUUGUCGGAGGUGUAGUUGGAGCACUCUUCGCUGCGUUCCUUGUAAUGUUACUCGUCUACCGGAUGAAAAAGAAAGAUGAAGGCAGCUACACAUUAGAGGAGCCUAAACAAGCCACCGUCACCUACCAGAAACCGGACAAGCAGGAAGAAUUCUACGCCUAACAUCCAUACAUUCACCCUCCUCCAUCUCUCCAACCUUGUCCCGUCUCUGUCUGACCCCACCUCCUUUCUUUUCAUCUCGCCCCUUUUCCUUUGAUCCCUUUCUUCCCUCGUUUCCCCAUGAGAGUGCCUCUCAUUCCACGGACUCGGAACUUUCUUUUCCAAAAAAAAAAAAAAAAAAAAACUGAAAAAGAUCAAUGUAGAAACAAAUGGAAUUGGUUGUGGGAGGGGCUUGGGUUAGGGGUGGGGUCAGUGAGGGCGGGGCUUGAGUCUACACAUACACAGAGAAGAAAAAAACUUUUUUAAGAACAUGUUAUUAUUGAUAUGUUUAGGAUUGUUGUUCUAUGGAAUUAUGACCUGAAUCUUUUUUUUUGUAAAGACACUCCGUUUCAGAUGUGUUUCCUGCACAAUAUUACUCUCAGACUGAAAACAUGGGAGCUAAAAAAAAAAAAAAACAGCAUGAUAAAAUUGAGGGAGAGGAAAAGAACACAGUUGGGGUCAUGGAGGGAUUGUGCAAGUCAGACAAGAGGGAGAAAAAGGAGCUGAAAUAAGAGUUGCAUGGCAGAAGUAGAGUCCGUACUCGAAAUGCUCUUCUGUCACCAAGGUCAGUGAUCCAGCGUUGUGUGGUGCCUUCCAUUACCCAGGUGCUAGAAACGGAGCUCGAGCAGAGCGAGUAUGUGUGUGUGUGCUUGCGCAUAUAUGUGCGAUUGUAUGUCAAAGGUGCCCUUGUGACCCCAGCCUAGACGCACGCGCACGCGCGCAGGCGCACACACGCAGCACGACUCCCUCUGCUGGCGAGAGCACGUAUCGGCACGGCGGUACUGUCCGUUUGGAGCAGAGAGCCCGAAACAUGUACACAGCACACUACAAACUCCUAAGGUUUGCUGUGAGGGAGCGCAUGCAUAGAAUCAGAGGACUAGCCUCUCCUCUGCUCUGUAUAAAAACUUUAGUAAUCAUUAGUAAUAAUCAAUAAUAUAUCAGCAGCUCUGAAUGGAAGGAAAUUGGUGAUCAUAAUAUUCGUAGUGAAGGAUAUUAUCUAUUUAGCUGUGCAGUAAGGUUUUAUCGGUGUAAAUAUCAAUUCAACUUUUUUUGUUUGUCAUGCUUUUAACCAUGCUAUUGUAGUAAAAAAUAAACAUGCACACAUCCACCUGGACAUCAUUUAAAAA